CUUGCGGGUAGGGUGGUGGUGGAAGAACCGGGUUAAGUCUGUAGACGUACCCCAAAAAAGAGAAAGAGGGGGCGAAAUAAUAAUAAUAAUAAAAGAAAAUAAAAAAACCAGAGGGGUCAAAGAGGUUUUCCCCCUCCUUUCUUCUCUGCACACAACAGUUGGUGAAAGAAGAAGAAGAAUUGUCUCUAGGCCGACUCGACACUGCGUGGUCGUAGCCCAAGUGCGUUCUCCGCCUGUCAAUCGACGUGCAGGAAACCUCCAAAAACUGCUUUUUCAGUCGCUCAUUAUUUAGUGCGCGUGUUGUUUGUUUUUUCUCGUUUCUCCACACAUGAGAUUGUGAAGGGCUGAUAUCUCAAAACCAGCGGUUUGUUGCCUAUCGCCCCAGUCGUCGUCGCCGUGCGUGCGAUUUUUCGGCAUUGUACUGCGCAUUACACGAAUCGCACACACGACACAACACAUUCUGUUUCCCCACACACAGUAGGAGGGUAGUCGACUUGUGCGUCUUAGUUGAGCAAAAUGGGGGUCGCUUGUACUCUCAACACUACUCAUAUUCUUAUGGAUAAAUAUGUCAAUGGCACAGGAGCACUUGGCCCUUCAGGUGUUGGAGCCCAGUCAAUUGUAUCCAGUAUCGGAGUGGGAAGUGGAAGUAACAGUAGUAGCAGCAGUACCAGUAGUAAUUGUGGAACAAGUUUGAGUGGAGUGAGUGGUGGAAGUGGAGGCGGAACUGCAUUAAUGACUCCCAUGGCCCCUAUGGCCCCGGUUCCACCUAUGAUGCCACCAACUCAACAGCCCCCACCUAUGGCUUCGGCCGCGCCGCAAGCUGCGGCACCAGAACUUCCUAUGUUUGUUUGUCCACGUCGUCCAAAUCUUGGUCGUGAGGGUAGACCUAUCAUGCUAAGAGCAAAUCAUUUUCAAAUAUCUAUGCCACGAGGAUACAUUCACCACUAUGAUAUCAGCAUUCAACCAGACAAGUGCCCGAGAAAAGUCAAUCGGGAGAUUAUCGAGACGAUGGUGCAUGCCUACAGCAAAAUAUUUGGAGCAUUAAAACCCGUUUUCGAUGGUCGAAGCAACUUGUAUACCCGAGAUCCUCUGCCGAUCGGCAAUGAAAGAGUCGAAUUAGACGUUACCCUGCCCGGAGAGGGAAAAGAUCGUGUUUUCCAUGUAGCUAUCAAAUGGUUGGCCAAAGUAUCCCUCUACGCUCUCGAAGAAGCUUUGGAAGGUCGCAUUCGUACAAUUCCGAUGGAUGCCAUUUUGGCUCUCGACGUGGUUAUGCGCCAUUUACCUUCAAUGACUUAUACUCCAGUGGGUCGGAGUUUCUUUUCAUCACCUGAUGGUUAUUAUCAUCCGUUAGGUGGUGGACGUGAGGUUUGGUUUGGUUUUCAUCAAUCUGUCCGCCCUUCACAAUGGAAAAUGAUGCUAAACAUUGACGUCUCGGCGACGGCAUUUUACAAGUCGCAACCAGUGAUCGAAUUUAUGUGCGAAGUGUUAGACAUUCGCGAUGUUAACGAGCAGAGAAAACCUUUAACGGAUUCUCAGCGAGUAAAAUUUACCAAAGAGAUCAAAGGCUUAAAAAUUGAAAUUACCCACUGUGGAACAAUGCGACGAAAAUAUCGUGUAUGCAACGUUACUCGCCGUCCAGCUCAAAUGCAGUCUUUCCCACUGCAGUUGGAGAACGGUCAAACUGUCGAGUGUACAGUGGCCAAAUAUUUCCUGGACAAAUACAAAAUGAAAUUGCGCUACCCGCAUCUGCCUUGCCUGCAGGUUGGACAAGAGCACAAGCACACCUAUUUGCCGCUGGAAGUUUGCAACAUUGUAGCCGGGCAACGAUGCAUAAAGAAACUGACUGAUAUGCAGACAUCGACCAUGAUCAAAGCCACUGCCCGAUCGGCUCCCGACCGUGAGCGUGAGAUCAAUAAUCUUAUUCGAAAGGCCGACUUCAAUAACGAUCCCUACGUUCAGGAGUUUGGAUUGACCAUUUCCAAUAGCAUGAUGGAAGUGCGCGGUCGUGUGCUUCCGCCACCAAAACUGCAAUAUGGGGGAAGGACUAAGCAACAGGCGCUACCUAAUCAAGGUGUCUGGGAUAUGCGUGGCAAGCAAUUCUUCACCGGAGUGGAGAUUCGCGUUUGGGCAAUCGCUUGCUUUGCACCCCAAAGAACAGUUCGCGAAGAUGCGCUAAGAAAUUUCACACAGCAAUUGCAGAAGAUAAGUAAUGACGCCGGGAUGCCCAUCAUUGGCCAACCUUGUUUCUGCAAAUAUGCCACUGGCCCCGAUCAAGUGGAGCCUAUGUUCCGCUACCUCAAGUCAACCUUCCAAGGUCUCCAGUUGGUGUGUGUCGUUCUACCGGGCAAAACUCCUGUUUACGCCGAAGUCAAACGUGUUGGCGAUACUGUACUUGGCAUGGCCACACAGUGCGUACAAGCAAAGAAUGUCAACAAAACAUCGCCUCAAACUCUGUCCAAUUUGUGUCUGAAGAUCAACGUUAAACUUGGUGGUGUUAACAGUAUCCUUGUUCCUACCAUUCGUCCUAAGGUGUUCAAUGAGCCUGUCAUUUUCCUUGGGGCCGAUAUAACUCAUCCUCCAGCUGGUGACAACAAAAAGCCGUCGAUCGCAGCCGUUGUGGGCUCGAUGGAUGCUCAUCCUUCGAGAUACGCUGCAACUGUUCGCGUCCAACAACACCGCCAAGAAGUUAUUCAAGAGCUCAGUGCUAUGGUCCGGGAAUUAUUGAUCUUGUUCUACAAAACUACAAGGUUCAAACCCAACCGAAUUAUCAUGUAUCGCGAUGGCGCCAGUGAAGGCCAGUUUAGCACCGUUUUGCAACAUGAGUUGACCGCUAUCCGCGAGGCAUGCAUAAAAUUGGAACCUGACUACAAACCAGGUAUCACGUUCAUCGUGGUUCAGAAGCGCCAUCACACCAGGCUCUUCUGUGCUGACAAGAAAGAGCAAUCUGGCAAAUCUGGAAACAUUCCCGCCGGUACCACUGUCGACGCGGGCAUUACACACCCAACCGAGUUCGACUUUUACUUGUGCUCGCAUCAAGGCAUUCAGGGUACUAGCCGUCCUAGCCACUAUCACGUUUUGUGGGAUGACAACCACUUUGACGCUGACGAAUUGCAGUGCUUAACUUACCAGCUUUGUCAUACUUAUGUGCGCUGUACUCGUUCCGUCUCCAUUCCGGCGCCGGCUUACUACGCCCAUCUGGUGGCUUUCCGUGCCAGAUACCACUUAGUGGAGAAGGAGCACGACAGUGGGGAAGGAUCGCUACAGGAUUGCAUUAAGAGUUACACCAGUGGAGAAGGUUCGCAUCAAAGUGGCAGCAGCGAAGAUCGCACGCCAGGCGCCAUGGCUCGUGCUAUCACUGUUCACGCGGAUACCAAGAAAGUCAUGUACUUUGCUUAAAAGUCAUCGUGAAGUUUUUCCUCCCUCCCCAGUAAGUUGUCUCUUGGUCAUCACGUGUAUAUCGGAUGCGGAUCAGGAUGGAGUAGGAGUGUGGGGUUGUUGUAUUUCCACGAGACUUGACGCUGUUUUUCUCUAGCUAGUUUGGAAGGUCAGCUUGCGAGCACAAUAUCCAACACAUAUUUCAUGUCACCAACCAUCAUCACCACCACAUCUCUGAUCUGUCGUGCAAGGAGGAGCAUUUCACACGUCCCUUUUAACAGAGCCAUCCCCGGCGCAAAAGAAUAAUUUGUCCACGGCCGUCAAGUCUUUCAUUAUAUUUUUCACGCUUAUGGCGGGAGUCGAAACACAUACUGCGGUGGGGUUUUAAACGAGACUUUGCACUUAAAAUGUUUAAUUCCCUUGUGGCAAUUUAAAAAACACUUGAAUUUGUUCCCCCCUAUCCCUUGAAAUCAUCUCUGAACACGAAGUAACGGGAAGAGCGGUGUGAGAAAGGGUUAGAGAUAAUUUAGUAGCUCUCAACUACAAUUGCAUUUCCCCCUCCCUUCAGCAUGUGGAUGUAGUACGGACCAAGCAAAUCGUGAAAUUGCCCAAUCAGCAUUUCCCCUUAUCCCGACCUCGACCGUAUCUACUUCAAAGAAAAACGACAAAAUCAAAUUGACAAUUCUUUUCGUUACCGAUCUGUUUGUUUAACAAUCCACUGUCCCCCCCCCCUCUCUCUCUCAACACCGCUCCCAGUUUUUUCUUUUCUUUCUCGCGUUUAAAAGCAUUUCAUUCGUUUCCCCCCUAAGAGGUUGAGAGGACAUCUGAAAUCGAACUAACGGCGCGCGUUAAUAACAAAAAGUCAAACUUGUUUCUUUUCUUUUUUUUUCCGGACAAAAAAAUUUACCUAGGAUAGAGAACCACCUUUAUUAUCUUUGUUCUUCGAUACAGUUGUAAUCAAUUUCGAAAAAAAUCUAAAAAAAAAAUACCAAAAAAAAACAAAACAUCAUCGCCCCUCCUCCCGCGCUACAAACGUCUUUCAGCGUUCGUUCAAAAAAAAAAACGUUUUCAAUCGAAAAAAAGCAAAAGAGAGAGAGAGUAGUGUGUGCAUUUAGAAUCUGCUGGGAAGGCCAUUUCGCCAUGACAAAAUUAUCCUUGCCCCCGUAAAUAAUUCUUUCUCACACCGACAUCGACCAUCUUCCUCAAGAAAAAAAAGCUAAAAAAAAAUAAUAAUUAUGUGUGUGUGCGUGAGUGUACAUGUGUAUUUUGUUGUGGCGAAGGGGCGGUCCCAACGCAACAUUCGGGCAGCUCUUAAAAAAACGUCCGGGCAGGAGUUGACGAGGAUAAGAAAAUAAUAAUAUCCCACCCACCGCACCUCGACGUCAGCCUGAAAGAGUUUGCUGGCGAUGUAAUACUAUAUACUACAACCCUACAAUCAAGUUUGGCCCUCUCUCCUUAAACAACAAAAAAGAAUAUCCUUCUUAACUUGUCUUGGUUUUCCUUUUGAUUGGAUAGUGAAAUAAGUAUCGUGUAGUUAAUUAGUUGUGUGUGCGUGUGUUGCUCUUCUUAAAUUUCUUUCUUUUUGGACGGGAGGUCGGGAAUUCCUUCGAGCGGACAAUAAUAGCCAUAUCGUUUCUCGGCAAGCGUGAGAAAUAUCAAUUCUUUCUUCUUCUUCUUCUUCCCUAAUUUGUGUGUCUCUCUUCACGUCCUCAUCUCACACUCUUUAGAUUGGCUUUGGUUUCCCUCUUUGUCGCCUGCCGCUCUUUUGUCUCCCGAGUUAUGUUCCCCGUGUACCUGUAGCUGCUUUAUAAACAAAAGAAAAAUGCGCCGAAUCUGUCUCUCGGCUACUAAUUGCUAAAUAAGUGAAAAAUCAGGAAAAGCAUUCAACAAUUUUUAGGCGAGUCAGAAUACCGUUGACAUAUCUGAUCAAGUCUCCCCUUUAUUUUUUAACCAUUUCUCCCACUCUGUACUACCCGUCCUCGCCGCUUCAAAAAAAACAAUCCUUUUUCUCCGCUCACGUUCCCGAUCCCUCCGACGGCUUCUUUUGAAAAACAAAAAUAUGAUUUUGGGUUUACUUUUACCUCUACUGCAUCAUAUUCCCUCCGCGCCAUUUACCUCCAAUGUGUGUGAGUGUGUAACGAUUUAACUUUUAUGUUGCGCGUGGUGACUUUUCUUUCCUUUGCAAUUUUUUUUCGUCCAAUUUUUUUUUCUUCUAAAUUGUGCCUCUUUAUUAUUUAGUUUUGGUAGGUCUUACGCUUUCAUUUCACUACGGGAUUUUUUUUUUUUUUGCUUUUGUUUUAAAAAGAAAAACAAAGAUAUGGGAUUUAAAGGGGGAAAGAAAUUAUUGUUCAAAACCCUGGUGACAAAAGACAAACUUCUGCCCAAAAACUUUCUCAACUGAAUCCGUUCAAAAAACUUUCUAGAUAAUUCGAGCUCUUGGGUUGGAUCUGGGCUUAUUUCCUGAUGUUUCUGUUUUCUUUCACCGACAUUCCAAGUCAGAUAGGAAUCCAAAAAUCAACAACAUAGAGGUCCCAUUCACGUCCCGUUCUGAAAGUUCCAGUCAGCUUUACUUCCAUCAUAUAAAAACAUAAUCUUUACUACCCCCCACCCCUCAGCUUAUUACAGUUGAGAAACUUAUAGGAAAAAAGUCGGGACAUUUUGAUUUCAAAUGAGAAAAACUUUAACGAACACAUCUCUUUUUGGGCAUAUCUAAAUUCGAGGAAGAAAGAUGCGUCUCCCUCUCUUGUUCUCCUUUCUUCAACUCCUCGGAUCAAUCUCAGUUGAAAACACAGAAUAUUUGUUGCGCCUGGAAUUGAAUCUAAAAGAAAAAAACAAAGAAAAGAUUACAUACGACUUUUCCGCUUUUGUAGAGAUAACCCCAGAGAAUGGAAUAAUUUGUGCUGUCUUAUGUGGGGCAAUCAUCAGUGAGAAUAAUGUUAUCAUGUGUAGUCCUCAUAAACAUAGCUCUACUUUUUUUUUCUUCCCUAUCCACCUAUUUCUGUCGUAAAAAUCAUGCGUCCACGUCUCGCCCUUGCAUAAUUUACCCGAUUGUAUCAUCGCAAGGGGGAAAACUGUAUCGUCUAUAAUACACUUGGGCGUAUUAGCCUGUUUUACUCCCAA